UGAACUGCAAAUUAGCUAGGUUGGAUCCUCCUUUGGGCAAGCUCAAGAUUCUCUUUGUUUUAUUUAGUGAGUGGUAAGUUACAGAGAAUUCAUCGAUCAUGGUUGUUAAAGUGUAUGGUCCAGCCGUGGCUGUUUGCCCACAAAGGGUCAUGGCUUGCCUCUUAGAGAAAGGAGUGGAAUUUGAUCUUGUACAUGUUGAUCUUGAUUCCGGUGAGCAGAAGCUACCUGAAUUCCUCCUCAAACAGCCUUUUGGGCAAGUUCCUGUUGUUGAAGAUGGUGAUUUCAAGCUUUUUGAGUCCAGAGCAAUCAUAAGAUACUAUGCAGCAAAGUAUGAAGACCGUGGACCGAAUCUACUCGGAAAUACACUAGAAGAGAAAGCUCUGGUAGAUCAAUGGCUAGAAAUUGAAGCCCAAAACUUCAAUGAUCUGGUGUUCAAUAUAGUCUUCCAAGUUGUAAUCCUGCCAAGAAUUGGGCAGCAAGGUGACUCCGAGCUGGUCAGGACUUACGAGGAAAAGCUAGAGAAGGUGUUGGAUGUGUAUGAGAAAAGGUUGUCAAAGAGCAAAUAUUUAGCUGGAGAUAGCUUCACUCUUGCUGAUUUAAGCCAUCUGCCUGCCACCAGAUACCUAGUCAACGAAGCUGGAUUAGGGCACUUGGUGAAGGACAGAAAGAAAUUGAAUGCUUGGUGGGAGGACAUUUCAAGCAGGCCUGCUUGGAAGAAACUGAUGAAUCUUGCUGGCUUCUAGCGACCAACUUGUCGACGUUUGUUGUGCAAUUUGCUUAUAUAAUGUGUUUUUCUUUUUCUUUUUCUUUCUUUGUCCUGCUUUGGUGUGAAUAAAGUCAGCAUGCAAACGAUGCAAGUAUCGACAAAGUAACCUUCUUUAGUGACGACGUCCAAGAAUUAUACUAGGCAUCAACCGACGUCAUUGAAAGGAUUUUGGGCCCCUAAUAUAUCACAUAAAAUAUAAGAAAUAUUGGCAAAAUGAAGCUCACCUCUUCCUUCUA